AUGGCCGACUCAGCGUCCCCAAUUGGCAUUGCCAACCUGCCCAACCAGAGGCACAAGAUUGUCGCGAAGCGCGGUGCUAACUUCACGAUCAUGGUUGCUGGAGAGUCUGGCCUCGGAAAGACGACCUUCAUCAAUACGCUCUUCUCCACCACCAUCAAGAAUUAUGCCGACCACAAGCGCCGCCACAUGAAGCAGAUGGAUAAGACGGUCGAGAUUGAGAUCACAAAGGCAGAGCUUGAGGAGAAAUUCUUCAAGGUUCGCUUGACCGUCAUCGACACCCCCGGCUUCGGCGACUAUGUCAACAACCGCGACUCGUGGCAACCCAUCAUCGAGUUCCUUGACGACCAACACGAGUCGUUCAUGUUGCAAGAGCAGCAGCCGAAGCGCAGCGAUAAGAUCGAUCUCCGCGUGCACGCCUGCCUGUACUUCAUUCGUCCCACUGGCCACACCCUGAAGCCCCUCGACAUCGAAGUGAUGAAGAAGCUUUGCACACGUGUCAACCUAAUCCCUGUGGUCGCUAAGGCGGACACCUUGAGCCCGUCUGAUCUGGCCAAGUUCAAGACUAGGGUGCGCGCCGUACUUGAAGCACAAGGCAUCAAGUUCUACCAGCCCCAGCUUGAGGACGACGACCAGGCCGCCAUGGCACACGCUCAGGGCUUGAUCAACGCUAUGCCCUUCUCCGUCAUCGGUUCUGAGAAGGAUGUUCAGACCAACGAUGGCCGCACCGUCAAGGGCCGCCAGUAUGCCUGGGGUGUUGCCGAGGUUGAGAAUGAGGAGCACUGCGAUUUCAAGAAGCUCCGCGCUAUCCUUAUCCGAACCCACAUGCUCGACCUGAUCCACACGACCGAAGAGAAUCACUACGAGGCCUACCGUGCACAGCAGAUGGAGACACGCAAGUUCGGCGAGGCGCGCCCGCGGAAGCUCGACAACCCCAAGUUCAAGGAAGAGGAAGAGGCGCUCCGCAAGCGCUUCACCGAGCAGGUCAAGGUCGAGGAGCAGCGGUUCAGGCAGUGGGAGCAGAAGCUCAUCUCGGAGCGCGACCGCCUCAACAAGGAUCUCGAGGCCAGCCACGCCAUGAUCAAGAACCUAGAGUCCGAAGUCGAAUCGCUGCAGAGCACCAUGGGCAACCGCUCGCACGGCCGUCGUUGA